AUGGCUUCAUUGAAAGAAUCCUUGGCAGGUCCAGGAUUUGUGAUUCUGAAUGCGAUUCGGGUAUUGAACAUUAUCGCUUUCCUAGAUAUCAUUGCUGCCUGCGCGGUAAUGCUGGUAAAGAUCUCGCUGCUCAGCAGCUUCUUCGUUUUCCAGGCAACAUCUCAUGUCAUGACCGCGGGAGUCAGCAUAUUCCUUAUCAUCUCAGAGCUCCCUUUCUUUCAAAAUUAUUUUGAUCAUAACUGGCCUCUGUUGGGCCAGGAUUCUGGAUUUAUCACCUUGGCGCUGGUGAUGAUGAUACUUGGAGUCAGCAUGCUGGGCAAUCUGAAUACCGAGGCUACAAGUCAGGAGUCCCUUGGGCUCUCAUUUUGGCAAAUAGUCCUCUCUGCAGGAAUAUUAGCGAUGAUUAUGAGUGUUAUUAACCUGGCCGCGAGCUUUAUUUUCGCGGACAGUGAUAUUGGGGUCACGGCACGCCAUGUCCGGAUGGAUGGAGCAGUUGCACCACAGAAAGUGGUCAAGCGAGCUGGCAGCCAGCGGUCGUUCCAGCUAAGCACCGACACACUGCCAAAAUACAGCCCAAAUUCGAAGCCGAGGAGGCAGUCAAGUAUGCUUCGGUUUCCAGUGAAGACAAGUGGAUCAAUGAAUGCGGACGACACAGCGUCAUCGAAGUAUUCGAAAGAUUCAUCAGGAGUUGCUAUUCCAAACCUAGCGCAUCAUCCUGCCAUGCAUUCUGAACAGGUUUAA